AUGAACAGGACCAGCCCCUUUCUAACAAAACACAACGCCGAGUCUCUUCUCGGUAUCAAAGGCGAUUAUCAAUAACGUAGAUCGACUCCGGGGCCCAACACGGAGAAAGGUCAUGGACCAGGAGGGAAUCGCAUGAGAUGGAAUGUACUUGAUGUGCUGCAUCACUGUUGAAGCUGCAUAAGUAGAGAAUAAUCUCAUUCCAAGAUGGAGGCAACCAAAAUACUGCCUGUGCUGAAGAAGAAGCUGGCCUUUCUGUCAGGAGGCAAGGACAGGCGCAGUGGUUUGAUCCUGACCAUCCCACUGUGCACCGAACAGACCAGCAUGGAGGAGCUCAGUGCCACCCUGGAUUACCUACUGGGUAUUCCCAGCGAGAAGUGCAAAGCUCGUGGUUUCACGGUCAUCGUCGACGGCAGGAAGUCUCAGUGGAAUAUAGUGAAGACUGUUGUUCUGAUGUUGCAGAAUGUGAUCCCAGCUGAGGUCUCUCUUGUCUGUGUGGUGAAACCUGAUGAAUUCUGGGACAAAAAAGUGACCCAUUUCUGCUUCUGGAAGGAGAAGGACAGGCUUGGCUUUGAGGUGAUUCUGGUUUCUGCCAAUAAACUCACACGAUACAUUGAACCAUGCCAGCUUACAGAUGAAUUUGGCGGGAGUCUGGUUUAUGAUCAUUUGGACUGGCUCAACAAAAGAUUGGUCUUUGAAAAAUUCACGAAGGAAUCCACGUCCCUUCUGGAUGAACUUACCGGCAUCAAUGAAAAUGAGAAAGGAAGCCAGGCAGAGAAGGACAGGUCUUCAGAGAGCAACAUCCUGCCUUCAUUUGAUCCCGAAACGGUCCUGCAGACUGGACAUGAGUUGCUCUCGGAGCUGCAGCAGAGGCGUUUCAAUGGCUCUGAGGGUGGAGGUGGUGGCACAGCCUGGUCACCCAUGGACGAUGAGCUGCUGGCUCAGCCUCAGGUGAUGAAGCUCCUGGACUCUCUGAGGGAGCAGUACACAAAGUAUCAGGAAGUUUGCCGACAGCGCAGCAAACGCUCCCAGCUAGAGGAAAUCCAAACCAAGGUCAUGCAGGUUGUGAAUUGGCUGGAGGGUCCUGGCACAGAGCAGCUCCGCACACAAUGGGGGAUUGGAGACUCCAUUCGCGCUUCUCAGGCCUUGCAGCAGAAACAUGAGGAGAUCGAGAGUCAACACAGUAUGUCCCAGCAGUUAGACGGGCUGUUAGGCAUGCUGUGUGCAGACGUCGCCCCUGCAGAUGGAGCUGCAAUCCAGCAAACUCUAAAACAUCUGGAGGAGAAACUCAAGAGCGUGGAGGGUGCCUUGCAAAGCUUGAGAGAAAAAGGCCAAGUACUGCUUGACCAGAUGUCUACCCAGACGUCCUUUUCCUAUGGCAAGGAUGUAAGCAUUGAGAACAAGGAGAAUAUUGACCACAUUCACAGCGUCAUGGAGGACAUGCAGCUCCGCAAACAGAGGUGCGAGGACAUGGUUGAUGUCAGGAGACUCAAGAUGCUGCAGAUGGUACAGCUCUUCAAGUGUGAGGAAGAUGCUUCACAGGCAGUGGAAUGGUUAGGAGAGUUGCUCGAUGCUUUGUUGAAGACCCACAUUCGACUGGGAGAUGAUUCACAGGAAACCAAAGUGCUGCUGGAGAAACACAAGAAGUUUGUGGAUGUUGCACAGAGCACCUAUGAUUACGGCCGCCAGCUGCUGCAGGCCACAGUGGUGCUGUGCCAGUCUCUGCGUUGUACCACCCGCUCCUCAGGGGACACGCUGCCCAGACUCAACCGUGUGUGGAAACAGUUCACAGUCACGUCUGACGAGAGGCAGCACAGGCUGGAGAUGGCCAGUGCUUUCCACACAGCUGCGGAGAAGAUUCUGAGAGAAAGCCCUGAAUUAGCCGAGCUGAUGGUGGAUGUGGAGGCAUAUGAAGAGGUGGAGACUGUGGGGAAAGGUCUGCUGGACAGGCUCACUGUGCCAGUCAUUUUCCCUGAUGGGUAAGAACCGAAAGGCCAAAGUACAGCGCA